UCUACAAUAAGUAAUAAGUGAUUCUUUGAAUUGUAUUGUUGAUUUCUGGGCAAUAGCAACAAACGAAAUCAAUAAAAAAGAAAGAACAUAAAUAUAUUUAUAAAAAAAGUUGAUGGCUGGGUAAAAGUAAUUGACAGUGAGAGGGGAUGUAAAUAAACGGCAAACGAGUGUGUACGUGUGUGUGUGACCUCAUUACGUUUUGGUAAAAACAAAUUUCUUUUUUUUGUUGUUUGCAAAAAACAGCAAUUACUACCAACAUAAUUAUGAAUAAUCUCGAAGAAAAAAGUAGUUUUCCAAGAAAUUUGCCAGUCAUAAAUACAAAUAAUUACAAUGAUAAUACCGAAACCGCGGAUGAAAACAAAAAUUCGACCAACAACGACAAUGUGGGGGCAGAGGCAAAAAAUUGCGAAGAAGAAAUAAACAGUGAAACCGUACUGCAAUGGCAAGUGUCAGAUGUCAUGGACUGGGCAAGAAAUAACAAACUCAAUCAAGAUGUGAUUAAUCUGAUUGUUUUGGAAGAAAUCGAUGGGGCAGUGCUAUUGUGUUUAAGUGAAGAAGAUGUGCGGGAUUUUCGUUAUCGCUUAAAUUAUAAUCUACGUUUUGGUGAAUUAAAGAAAUUGUGGUGUAAAAUUUAUCAACUACAACAGAUUUGUCAUUACAAUAAUUACUCAUAUGGAGCUGGAACGGCAUCCACUGCAGCAACAACAACAACCUCGAUGCACAUCCAUAAUCAACAUCAUCAUUUGAGUGCAACAAAAUCAUCAAAUUUAAGAAAUAAUCUUCGUUUGGAAGGUUCACCUUCGCAUCAUCAGCACCACCAUAACCCUAGAAAUGCGGGAGUUACAUCGUUAAAUGCACCACCAGCCUUUGUGCUGGCUGGUGGCGGUGGUGUUGGAUGUAGUUCCGUUUAUCAUCAUCAUGGCUGUAAUGGCCGAACUAAUUGUAACAUUCCCUGCAGUGCUUUAUUGGAUACAUUUAAUGAUUGUGAUAGUUGUGCACCGGAGGUAUCUUCAGUUUCGGAAGGUUGUUCCGCCAACAUUCCACCAGAGUUCUUCAAAACGGCUAUUAGUUUAGGCUACUCAUUCCUCGUCACAUGGAUAACAUCAUUUGUAAUGGUCAUUGUACACGAACGGGUACCGGAUAUGAAAAAAUAUCCACCCUUACCCGAUAUAUUUCUCGACAAUGUACCGCACAUACCGUGGGCCUUUCACAUGUGUGAAAUUACCGGCACUCUACUGUUUAGCAUCUGGGCGUGUGUCUGUAUCUUUCACAAAUGUCGCAUGGUAAUUUUGAGGCGAUUUUUUGCACUGGCUGGCACAGUGUUCCUGUUGCGUUGCGUUACAAUGUUGAUAACGUCUCUGAGUGUGCCCGGUACACAUUUGCAGUGUAAUCAAAAUGAUUAUGCCAUCGAUGAUACAGCCUUAACUUUAACCGAAGCCCUUUCCUUGCGCAUAUCAAGAGCGUAUACCAUAUGGAGCGGUUUGGGUAUGUCCAUACAAGGUGUUCGUACAUGUGGUGAUUAUAUGUUCAGUGGUCAUACAGUGGCAUUGACAUUGCUGAAUUUCUUCAUAACUGAAUACACACCGCGUAACCUCUACUUCUUGCACACCCUUAGCUGGCUCUUAAAUAUGUUUGGCAUAUUCUUCAUUUUGGCUGCCCACGAGCAUUAUUCGAUCGAUGUAUUUGUGGCCUUCUAUAUAACUUCACGUCUCUUCCUCUACUAUCAUACGCUGGCCAAUAAUCAGGCACUGAUGCAACGUGACUCGAAUCGUACUCGCAUUUGGUUUCCCAUGUUUAGUUAUUUCGAGAGUUCCGUUGAUGGUAUUAUACCGAAUGAAUUCGAUUCAUGCUCGGAGAUUAUGGAUAAAUUGUUACAUUUAUUGAUCGAAAUCAAGGAUAAUGUAAUGUUGACAACACAUCGACUAUGGGUGGAGACACCCUAUCUGAAUAUAUCAUCGAGAAAUGUGCUAUUUGUACCGAGGAUAAUGUUAACCGCAAAGCAACGUAAUGCCGCAACAUCGACUACGAUAACAGCAUCGAAUACCCCAACAGCAAUGCCUUCCUCGCCGCGAGCGACCGAAUUUUGCCAAAAACCUUAUGAGGAGGAUGGGGGUGAGUUAAUGAAAAAGAGUUUUCCCAGCGUCCCAAGGACCAGUGAUGAUGUAAAAGUUAAAAAGGUAUCCAUGGCUGAAGUGUCGUCUGCUAAGAAGCAGACAAACGAACAAACCCCCCAAACUCCUCUCACCAAUAAUAAUAACAACAACAAUAGAAACGUUGGUGGCAAAACCAUAAAACUAUCAUAAGGGUUAUUUUGUGGUUUUUGAUCCCUACUUCGCUCGCUAACACCGUUGUCCAUGCUGAAACAUAACUUCAUUUUUAAAUGUUUUUCUUUUCUUUCAUUUCUUCAUUUGUUUUGUUGUAAAUACACAUAUAGCAAAAUAUGCGCAAAAAUAUCAAAAUAUUUAUAAGUAUUAUAGAUUAAUUUUAAACUCUCUCCCACUCUCUGUCUAUCCCCUUUGUAUUCCGGGCUAGUUUGAUUGUUAACAUUCCAAGCAGUGGUCUUGUUUUCCUGUCCUCUUUCGUGCCUUUGUCCAGGAAUGGUAGAAAUCAGUGCCAUGAAUGAAAGAUUUUGAAAAGGUGUUUUCUUAGAGAUGCCCAUCUUUUUAAGGUAUUUGGAGUUGAACGAUUUUAUAAUGGACUUUUAUAGAUAUCGGACCACCAAUUCAUUAAUCUUUUAGAAAUAUUUCUUCUUGAAAAACAAUUCUUGAAAUGUGUUUCAUAGGUCUUCCAUCAAAGGAACUUGUUUGGAGGUUAUAUAAACCUGCUGUAGAUAGUAGAACUUCUAAAGAAAAAGUAACUUCUAAAAUUGUAUAAGAAACGAAAAUAAUAUUUCAGGUAGAUAGAGGUCCUUCAGAGGAGAUUUUGUCCUUAACAUUUUUUAGCAUAGUCGACCAAUAGAACAUCUGCUAUAGAUAGUAGAACUUCUAAAUUUGUAUAAGAAACGAAAACGUUUUUUCAGGUAGAUAGAGGUCCUUAAGGGGGGUAUCUGUUCUUAAAAUUUAAACAUUUUCGAUCAUUGGAACGCUUUUAAAGUUCUUGGUUUAUAGAAGACAUUUAGGUCUUUAGUCCAUAAAAGGCUAUUAAAAAAUCGUUGAAUUAUGGAAGCCUUUUGGACCUUUUAUAUAUUUUUUUAUAGGUCUAACGAAGUCCAUGUGACCUCUAUAGCCUCUCCUUUUCUACUUGUAACGGGUUUUCUACAAACUUCCAAUGGAUCAACUUUUUGUUAAAUCGAUCCCCAUAAGGAAAUCUGCUAUAGGUAGAACUUCUAUAGAUAAAGCACCUUCUAAAUUUGUAUAAGAAACAAAAAUAGUUUUCAGGUACAGAUUCUGGCAUUAAUUUUUUUAAGAUAAUAGACCAGUAGAGCGUUUUUCAAGUUCCUGAUUUAUAGAAGACAUUUCAAAGGUCUUCAGUCCACAAAAGGCUAUUCAAAGAUCCUUGAAUAAAAAAAGCUUUGAAAAUAUAUUUUAGUUCUUUUAUAAGUCUAACGAAAUCUAUGGGACCAUUCACACAUCUAAUUCUACAAGGGUUUCUACAAGCUUCCAAUGCAUCAACUUUUGGGUAAAUCAGUUUCCUUUAGGAAAUCUGCCAUAGAUAGAAAGCUGCUAUAGGUAGGACUUCUAAAGAUAAAGCACCUUCUAAAAUUAUAUAAGAAAUGAACAUAAUUUUCAGCUAGAUACAGAUCCUUAAGAGGGGAUUCUGUCCUUAAAUAUUUUAAGCAUAAUCGACCAAUAGAACGUUUUUAAAAUUCCUGAUUUAUAGAAGUCAUUUCAAAGGUCUUUAGUCCAUAAAAAAGCUAUUCAAAGAUCUUUGAAUUAUGGAAGCCCUUUAAAAUAUAUGUUGGAACGUUUAUAGGUCUAACGAAGUAAAUGGGACCUCUAUAGCCUUCCUUCACCUACUUGUAAUGUGGUUUCCAGAAGCUCACAGUGAAUCAACUUUUGGGUCAAUCGGUUUCCUUUAGGUAAUCUGUUAUAGGUAGAACUUCUAAACAUUUGUAGAAGAAACGAAAAUAUUUUACAGGUAGAUAGAGGUCCUUAAGAGGGGAUUCCAUCAUUUUUAAGAAUAGUCGACCAAUGGAACGUUUUUAAAGUUCCUGACUUGUAGAUGAAGAUUGAAGAUCUUUAGUCCAUAAAAGGCUAUUCAAGGAUCGUUGAAUUAUGGAAGCCUUUUAAAAUAUAUUUUAAGAUCUUUUAUAAGUCUAACUAAGGCCAUCCGGCCUCUAUAACCUUCCCUCUUUUACUUGUAAUGGGUUUUCCACAAACUUCCGAUGAAUCAUCUUUUGAAUAAAUCUAUUCCCAUUAGUACUGCUGUUCCAUUCCUGACUUAGGUGUCUUCUACACGAAAGAGUUUUGAUGUUUCGGCUUAAGUUGAGUUUGGGGGGAUGUACUCGGAUUGACCGGUAAUUUUUAUCACAUGUAGGCAUCUUCAACCUUAUUACAACAAAGUAUAUUCUUGGUGGGGAAAAUGCCCGGUGUAUUCGGUAUUCGGUGUUGAACAUACCCCAGAGGAGAAAAUCUCAAGCCCUGGCCGAAAGCCGGCAACUUAAAAGAAGCUAUAAAGGUUGAAUACACAAUUGUGGAGAAUAUUUAAAUUGCAUGAAUAUUAUCAUUAAUAUCUCCGGAAUUAUAAGAGAUAUCAAAACAUUUAGCUCAAUUUUGGAAAGCCAAGAAUGUAGGCCAUAAUAUAGUGUGCUGAUCAUGAUACCUUAUAAUGGAUCCAUUUUCGAGUUUUUAAUAGUUUUUCGAAAGUAAUUUAAUUCCUUGUACUACUCCGGAACCGGUUCAAAAAAAAUAUAUUUAUUAUCACUUGUUUGAUAGGUAUUUCGAUAAGCUUUUUAAUCUUCGUAAUUUUAUACAUAUUUGUAGAACCGGAUAAAAACGGAAUUUUGUAUCCGAACUUUCGGUUCGAAUAACCGGGUAUUUUCCCCACGAAAAAAUAACUUUGCCGUAAUCAGGUUGAAGGUUAGAAAAAAUUGAAAAUGAUCCGAGCAUAGCCCCUAAACUCAACUUGCUCCAAUGUUUCCAAUAGCCAAAUAAAACCACGACUUAAGAAAAAAUCUAGCCCGUUUCUUCUUCUUUUUUCUUAAAGAUAAUUUUGACUGAUUGUUUUAAACAUUUCGAAAUGUACAAAAUUUUGUGUUUUGUAAAAUAUAGUAAAAAAAAACUAUUAUUUUUGCUACAAAAAAGGGGGUUAAAUUUGGAACUUUAAAAAAUUCUGAUAAACAUAACCUCAAUUUGGAUUAAAAAUUUCCCUGUGUAAUUCAUUCUUUGUAGCCACACAUUAUCAUUUCCCCAAGUAUUGUUAAAUUAGGUAGAUAAAAGAACAAAAUUUAAACAUUUUGAAUUACAUAUUUAUAAUCAUUCACACGCACAUCAAAAAAUCAAAAUCAAAAUAUUAUUAAAAAAAUUAGUUAAUUAAAUGCAAACAAAAUAUAUUUAUUAAAGAAAAUACCACCAUUCCUCUUUUUCCAAAUUUCUUGGGAGUACUAAUACACAAACUCCUCCUUGAAUUAUACGAACUUUUCGAACUGGCGAAAAAAAAACAACUUUAAAUUUAAUUUUGAAUACAACUAACUCUUAGCUAAAAUGGAAUUAACAAAACGUAUAUUAAAUAAAAUAUAUAUUUACAUAUGAACGUAUUCACUAUAUAGUAUGUAGUCUAGGCUCUAUUCUCUUAGUUAUUAAGCAAGAUAUAUAUAUUUGAAUUAUACUUUAAACGUCUUUUUCCUUUUUGCUCUGGAAGUAAAUUAAAAAAAAUAAAAUCUCAUUUUUUUUUGUUUCGAUGAAAAUAUAUAAUUAAAAGAAAAAUAUUUUUUCAUAAAUAAAAAUGCAUGAAUUAAAUGAA